AUGACCUCGACCACAAGAAAGCCUAAGAGAACCGCUAUCCCCCAAAGGCCGAAGGUGCCAACUGUUCCUAAAAGACCGAAGAUUGACCCGACAAGGAAGAGGAUAUGGACACCUACUGGCAUCAACAUCUAUCAGGAAGUUUACAAGAUGACCGAUGAAAAAUUGAAGGCACAUAUUGCCGAAACAUCCCUCAAAAGCUACGGCCAGUGUGCAAAGGAUCUGCAAGUCGAUGCUGUGUUCAACCUCGUUCAAGGUCGCAACACGUUCUUGUUGGCUGGGACUGGAUUCGGAAAGUCACGCAUUGCCGAAUUGUACAUGAAGAUGAUUCCUCAGAAUUCAAGAGGUGUUGUGGUUGUGUUGAAUCCCUUAGACUCUCUGGGAGAAAAUCAAGUUCUUGAGAAGAAACAGGCGGGCUUCUCUGCGAUCAACUUAACCAAGCUGACCUUCAACCGAAAAACGGCCGAGGAGAUCAGCAACGGGGUCUAUCAGUUUGUUUAUCUUAGUCCUGAGAUUUUUCUAAACAGCAAGCUCUUCCGGAAGCUAUACUACAGUUCAAGAUUCCAGAACCGUCUCGCUCUGAUUGUGGUCGAUGAGGCCCAUAUGAUUUACAUAUGGGGCCUGGUAGAAGGCUCUACAUCCAAGACCUCAACUUCUGCACAUUUCCGGCAUGAAGACUAUUCAAUCUUUCGACCAUCUUAUGGCAAACUCGGGCCCCAGCUUCUGUUUCGGAACGAUAAACCUCUGUUACUCUUGUCAGCCACUUGUCGGCCGGUGGCGGUAGAAGCUAUCAAGAUCGGGCUCGAGAAACCCCAGGUGGUGCAUUACAACCCGACAGCCUCUGUGCCCGAAGAUUUCACUCGUGCACUUUGUCUGCGGGUAGCAUUCGCCUUGGAUAACAGUGUUGGCUACAUUCCGCUGUGGGAGGACGACCCUGCAUACAUCGCAGAGGUUGAUAGGGAGAAAAAGGAGGGCAUGGCUAAAUGUGAAUGUUCCAACUGUUACCCGGUCGAGGCAGCAACAUUGAUCGAAGCCCUAUCAGUAGCAAAUAAUGAAAAUUUUGAUGACAUCUUGAACAACAAUUUCACGCUUACAAGUACCUACAACAUCAAGCACAAAUACCCCCAAAAGGCACCAGGGAUCAAAAAACGAAAAUUCACUGAAGAUGAUGUGCCUGAGAUGGAUCAGUUUGCUACAAUGCUCAUGAAUGACUUCAACCAUCACUAUGAAACCAAUGUGAGACCUGGGGGAUCCACACAAGGCUCAGACAUUUUCGACAUGGACGAUUGUCUCGCUAUUCUGGCUCAGUUGGAAUAUAUAACUGAUCCGGUUUAUCUCAAAUGGAUCAUUGGAGGAGAAUGCUUUGCAGGACAGUCAUCUUGGUUAUUCAAUUGGAUCACAAAUUACAAGCUGGAACCAAUUAGCCCUCAAAUUUCCUCAAAGAAAGGCCCCUUGGCCAAAAAGGCCAAACAGAUUACCAGUUGUGCUCAAUCAACCUCUGCGCCAAUGGACAGAUCAGUACUGCAAGUUGUAACCCCACGGCAACCAAACAAGAAGGAGCUGGCAGCCAUUGAAAGCCGUCGGAAGGCACUUGAACGACAGGAAGCAAAACGGCGGGAGGAAGAGAAAACCCAGAGGAGGAAGGAGCAAAUCCAACAGAUAAUGGCCUCUUCGCGGGCGGCACAGCUGAUUGGGCCGGAGACUCAUCACACGGACAACCCACACAGUCAAUCUAGCAAUGGAAAUCAGGCAUAUUUCAUUUCUAAAACUGUUUGAUACACACUAUUUACAUAUCAGAGGACCUAGGCUCCUCAUCUUCCCCCUCGUUUGCAUGUU